AUGGAGGUGAUCGUUAGAGAGUAUAAGAUCAAGGGGAUGCCCAAGUGGGAUGAGACCAAGAAGGACUUUCUCCUCGCCUUCUGUGAGGCUCAGGUGCUCAAAGUUGCCAAGCUACAAGCAGAGAUCCGACAUGACACUUACAACUCGCGGACAGUCCCAGCUCUGAGCAGGAUCCUCGAGCUUCUCCAGCAAGCCAAAGCAGAGGCACAAGCUGAGAAAUCAAACUUGGAGAAGCAGCUGGCCGAGUAUGAGGCCGGAGGCAGCAUGAUGGAGCGACUAGCGCACGAGAUGGGCGAGCUGAAGGUGCAGCUGAAAGAGAAGCAAUGGGCGCUUGAGCAGGUAAAGAAAGGAGUUCUCGAUGGUUUUUAA